UAAAAUUGACACAGAACAGGGUAGCUCAGGUGAGGCAGAGCGAUCCAGGAUGGAGUUUGGCUCUAUCAAGUGUGUGAACAUGGAAUGGACAAUUUAAUCACAGCUGAGCUUGUGAACGCAGAGGGAAGAUCAGGUGUUUCAGGGAAAGAGGGUAGCAGUAGUUCACUGAGCACACAGCAGGUGCUCACAUCUACCUCUAGCUUUGGUUCUAGCUCUGGUUCUGGAGAACCAGUGCUGGUGGAGAGGAGGAUCAUCACCCAGAGCAGCGGAGGAGGAGGAGGAGGAGGAAGUAACAGUAAUGUCAUAUCCUUAGGUGGCUCAAGUAGCAGUGCAGUGCAAGGUGUGACUGGUGACAUGAGCGGUGGCUUCUCUGUGACUUCAUCUUCUCUGGGAAUGUCUUCGAGUGGAGUCGCUGGAGGUUUGGGAGCUUCUGGUGGUGUUUCUUCAGGAGGGUGCAGGGGUUCUGCAAAUGCUCUCGAGUCCCGCUCAUCUUCUCAGUUUGUGUCCAGCUCUUCUGGGGACUUAGGGAGCCUUUCAGUUGGUUCGAUACAUCUAUCAGGAGGUGGGGCUCACUCAUCAACCAUGUCUUCUGGAGGACGAGCUUUGUCGACUGUUUUAUCAGUAGGAGGCAGCUCUACCAAGUACACCUCCUCUGCCACGACAAGUGCCAUGAAGAGUGCGAGCUACUCACCGGUCACACAGAGGAGAAGCAGCCUGACUCUGCGCACUGCAGGAUAUGAAGGAAACUCCAGUGGCAACUCCUCCCCUGAAUAUACGAGGAAAGAGUAUGCAGCAGCAAGUGCAGCCACUAGAGGACGCACCCAGACAAGAGAGAGUGAGAUCAGAGCCAGGCUGCAGAGUGCCUCUCCAUCCACUAGAUGGACUGAGCUGGAUGAUGUGAAGAAACUUCUUAAAGGAAGUCGCUCCAGUAGCAGCAGUCCUCCUUGCUCUCCCACCAAUACACUACCCAUCCCUAAAAAAGCAAGUGUGGACAUAUGCACAGAGUGUCACUCAGGUUAUGACAGCUCUAUCCUGGACUCGGCAUAUGGUGGAUAUGGCUAUCACACCAAUCCCAUCAACCUCAGCCCCAACUCCACACUACAACACAACGUGGGUCUGCAGAACAACCUGACCAUGAACUCCUCAGUCAUGAGUAAUGGCCUUUCUGCUGCAAAUGCAGUGUAUGGGAUGCAGAAUAAUUUGGCCAGCAAUGGUGGUGUAGUCGUCACUGCAAAUGGGAUCAGUGCUCCAGUAUAUGGAGGACAAAAGAACACUGUGAGCACUGCAGCUUCCCCGAGUGCUGCAGCUGCCCCAAGUAGCCCUGUCACCACCGAUGAUGUGUUUGUUAAGGAUUACAAGUUCAUGCUGCUGGAGAAAGACAACGUUCCAGUGAAGAAAGAAAGCGAGAGACGGAUUAUGUCAAAAGACACAGGAAAAGUUUUCACUUCCACCACUUCCACUCGUGGACUAUCAGCAACUUUUUCAGAUGACAUGCUGAAAAGGGAGAAAAGGAUGAUCUCUGGAACCACAGAAACAGCCGCACUGGCAAAUGGUGUCAAAGUUGCUUCAACAAAGGACAAAGCCACAUACGCAGAGAUUCAUGAAGAUGAAUGUGGAGGAGGUGGGAUGGGAUUCUGCUCCUGCUGUAGGUGGUGGAAAUGGCUGCUUGGAUUGCUGUUGGGACUGCUCUUACUGCUGGGUCUUCUCUGUGGACUCAUCGCUCUGGCUGAGGAAAUAAAGAACCUAAAGGCUCGUGUGGAACGUCUGGAAAGCAGUGGGGACACGGUAUCCUCUGCUCAUACUAUGCGCCUGUCAGCACCAUCCUCCGUGAACAAUAUAAAGCCACUGGAAUCUGUACAAUAUGAACGCACCUCAAGAGCACGAUCAGAAAACACUAUACAGCUAGGAUCUGACCCAAUGCAGCCUGACCCAGCCACACUGCAGAGGACUGUAAAACACCUCGUUCGAUCUGAAUUACAGUCAGAGGGCAUCAGAGAAACACUGGCAUCCUCACUGAAAGGAGAGAAAGGGGAGCCUGGGGCUAAAGGUGAUCAGGGAGUUCCUGGGUUUAAAGGUGAUACAGGAUUUCCUGGAGUGCCAGGCCUUCCUGGUCCUCCUGGUCAUCCAGGACAAGAAGGUGCAAGAGGACCUAAAGGAAUUGCUGGUGAGCCAGGACAUGAUGGUCCAACUGGACAGAGAGGCCGUGAGGGGCCAACAGGACCCAAAGGAGAACCAGGCCCUCCUGGAGUUGGUGAGAAAGGAGAGAAAGGGACAUCUGGAGAUCCUGGACCUGCAGGACCUGCAGGACCACCUGGACCUAUGGGACUCAGAGGUGAGGUGGGUGCUCCAGGAACUGUGGGUCCUCCAGGGGCUCCUGGCCCUCAAGGCUUCCGUGGAGAUGCUGGUGAUCCUGGACCAAAAGGAGAGAGAGGACUUGCAGGACCUCCUGGAGUUAAAGGUGAUCAAGGAGAGAAAGGGCCCCGUGGUCUUACCGGAGAACCAGGGCAGCCAGGACUCAUCGGUCCACCAGGAGAGAAAGGACCCAAAGGAUCAGCAGGAGCCUCUGGGCCUGAUGGUGCGAAGGGAAAUCGUGGGGACCAAGGACCAACUGGAUUGCCAGGUCCACGUGGACCAGCUGGACCUCCAGGAGAUGCAGGCGUGCCAGGAACUCCAGGGCUUCAAGGACCACCAGGCUUGCCAGGAACACCAGGUCAGCCUGGAACUAAAGGUGAAGCAGGUGAACCUGGAAGAGUUAUCACUGCAGGCUCUUCUUCCAACACUGUGGCUAUUCCUGGACCCCCUGGACCUGCUGGACCUCCUGGACUGUCAGGUCCCAUUGGCCCUGCUGGUCUUCCUGGCCCACCUGGACCCAAGGGAGAAAAGGGUGAAAAGGGUUAUGAUGGUGAACCUGGCAUUUCUGCAAAAUCUGCUGAAAGAGUCAAGUUUGAGGCAUCUGCUGGUCCUCCUGGUCCUCCUGGCCCUCCUGGUCCUCCUGGACUCCAUGGAAUACCUGGAGAACCAGGUAAACCUGGUGAGAGCAAAACUGGCCUACCAGGACUCCCUGGUCCACCUGGAGAACCAGGUAUUGGUCUCCCUGGUCCACCUGGUGAUAAAGGAGAACCAGGAAGCUUUGUACCUACCUCAGAAACCUUUUUUGCUGGACCUCCUGGACCCCCUGGGCCUCCUGGACCUCAUGGACUUCAAGGAGAGCCUGGACAUCCUGGAUUACCAGGAGAACCUGGAGUUGGUUUUCCAGGGCCAGAAGGUCCAACUGGACCCCCAGGUCCUGAAGGUUUACCAGGUCCUCAAGGACCACCAGGUCCAGUAGGGCCGCCAGGUUCAAAAGGUGAUCCUGGUGUCCCAGGGUCUCCUGGCAUCCCAGGAUAUUCUUAUGGUGGAGGCAGAAGCUCACCUGGAACACCAGGUCCACCUGGACCUCCAGGGCCUCCUGGACCUCCUGGUGAUGUCUCUGGUGCUCCAGACAUUGCCCAGCAGCUUAGUGACUUUCUUAGAAAUGAUGGUAUUAAGGAAUACUUUGCUGGUCCACCUGGUCCUCCUGGACCACCUGGAAGUUUAUCUGAUGAUGAUUUGGCUAAUCGUGUUAUCAGUUACAUCCAAAGAGAAGAGGUGAAACGGUAUCUGGUAGGUCCUCCAGGACCACCUGGUGCUCCAGGUAUUUCAGGCCUCAACCCUCAGGAAAUAGCUGGAAGAGUACUCAAUUUUAUGAAUGAGCAUGAUAUGCUGACACAAUCUGGACCCCCAGGCCCACCUGGCCCUCCCGGGUCACCCUACAGUGAUUUCCCACUUCUCCUACAAAAUGCUGGUUUCAGAGGACCACCUGGACCUCCAGGUCCUCCUGGACCUCAGGGUCCUCUUGGAAUCACAGGAAGCUUGGUGUCAUAUGCUGAGAAUGUACACCAAGAACCAAUCCGUGCUGAACUGCAGGAAUAUCUAAAGAGUGGUAGGGUGUUCCGUGAGGCUGUCGAGACUUUGGACUACCCCAGUAUUGCAGAACAAGUGGUGAAUUACAUCAAAUCUCAUGGUUUAUUAUUGCGGGAUCUCAAAGAUAUUCAAGGGCCACCUGGUCCUCCUGGACCACCUGGACGUCCUGGAAUCAGCCAUUCAUACAGUACUUACAGCAACAUGACUGAGAUACUUAAAAUUAUUAGAGACCACAGCAUGCUUGGACCACCAGGAAGACCUGGGCAGAAGGGAGAAAUAGGAUAUCCUGGUCCCAGAGGACCAAGAGGUCCUCGAGGUGAUCAGGGCAUCCCUGGGCUACCAGGACUUCCUGGCAAAGAUGGACUAAGAGGACAUAAAGGAGAAAAAGGAGACGCUGCGUACAUAAAUUACAGAAGAAAGAGAAGUACAGAAAUGCAGAAAAGAAAGUUGAGAAAUAAUUGCGGUGACUCGCUGUCAGUCAAGAUGAUGUCAAAUUUCUUGACAUAACACAAUAUAUGUACAUAUUUUCAUUACGUUUUAUCAUCCAAAGGUAGAAAUAUUGUCAUCAAAGUUAGGCUCAAAUGUACUUUGAUCAAAUUUCUUAAAUCAAAAAACUUUUUUCCACAAUGAAUUUUUGAAGAACAAUUGUUUAACUAGAACAUUUUAACAUUGUUUGAUUAUUCAGAAUUCUUUGUCUUGUUUUUAGUUUCACACUGAAAGUCCUCGUGUCUGGAGUCUUUAUUUUCAUAUUUGUAGUUUAUUUUCCAUUUUUCCAUGUACUGUGAAAAGCUUUAUACUUUUUUCAAAACAUUAUUAACUUCAUUGAAUAAUUAUACUAAUGAACUAGAGACCAGUUCAUCAAAGACGUUUGUGUGUUCAGAUUCCAAAACUGCCAGAGAGCCACUGUUGCAUCCUUAAGCAAGUCCUUUACCCCUAAAAUGCUCAGUUUGACACUUGGAUUAUAAUUCAGUUCAUUUGUAUGUGACUUUGGAUGGAAGUGUCUGUUGAAUUACCUAAUACAUGGAAAUGUUUUUCUAUAUGAAAGUAAAAAAUAAAGUUGUUUUUUAAAACAGCAGACAAAACCAUA